AUGCCAAAAGAACGUAAGAAGAAAGGAGCACGAAAGAACAACGAUCCUCUGAUCAAAAAGCCAAAGCCACUCGGGCAAGAGCCAGUUGAACACAUGGGAGAUGGAGUUUUGAUCAAAGAUGUUGAUCCAUCGAAAAUCGGACAAUCAAUCGGGCAGUCAGGACCUAAUUUUGUCGACCCAAAAAUCACUCGUGGAAUUCUUGAGGCAGCUCGGGAACAGCAGAAGGAAGAAAACCCGAUUGGACUUGACGAUGAAGACGAAUUUCCAGCUCUGGGGGCUAUUACAGCGAAAAAUCCAUUGGAAGAUGAUGACGACGAAGAAUAUGAGGAUAUCGAUGAAGAGGGCGAAGAUGUGGAAGAAGUUGUGAUCGACGGAGAUGAUGAAGAAGCCCUCGCGAUGUUCUCUAAGGGAGGAGAGCGGCAAAAUUUGGCCGAUUUGAUCAUGGCCAAAAUUGAAGCAAAAAAGCAGGAUGUUCAAGAAAUUGUUGGCGAAGACGAGGUUGGCUCUAACUUGCCGGAAGAACUCGUUAUUCACUACCAACAAAUCGGCAAUGCCUUGGCUAAUUACAGAAGUGGAAAGAUGCCAAAGUCUUUCAAACUCAUCCCUCGCCUGACAAACUGGGAAGACAUCCUUGACGUCAUGGCUCCUGAAAAGUGGUCGGCCGCCGCGAUGUACCAAGCCACACGAAUGUUUGCAUCGAACAUGUCCGAGGGUCUUGUCCAGCGAUUUUACAAUGUGUACCUCUUGCCUCGAAUCCGAGACGAUAUUGAAUUUUACAAAAAGCUCAACUUCCAUUUGAUGAGCGCGCUGAAAAAGGCAAUUUACAAGCCCGCUGCGUUCUUCAAGGGAAUUCUUCUUCCAUUGGCCAUGGCAGCAGAUACUUGCACCCUUCGAGAAGCAACAAUCAUCUGCAGUUGCCUGAGAGAACAUUCUAUUCCAGUCAUGCCAGCGGCCGCCGCCAUGCUCAAAAUUGCUGAAAUGGAGUACAACGGAGUCAACUCGCUAUUUUUACGAACGCUCAUUGAAAAGAAAUAUGCCCUGCCUUUCCGAGUUAUGGACGCUUUGGUUUUCCACUUUCUCCGAUUCAAGAACGAGAAGCGCGUCCUCCCCGUCCUCUGGCAUCAGUGUUUCCUAUCGUUCGUGUCAAUAUACGCAGCGGAUAUUUCGGCGGAACAGAAAGAAGCGCUCAUGGAACUAACGAAGUUCCAGAACCACCCGAAGAUUGUGAAUGAAAUCAGACACCAAAUUCAGAGGACUGAACCGAGAGAUAUUGAAAUGGAACAGCCUCCAGAGCAUAUUUUGGAGGAAAUGAUGAUGGCUAACUGA